AUGUACAAUACAGUAAUAAAAUCUUCGUCAAGUCUUUCCUUGGCUUCCAACGAAUCAGCAUCAGGUGGAACAUCGAAUUCAAAUUUCUUACCAAAUAUGCGUAAUGAUUAUAGUCUUGAUAGUGUUUGUUGUACCAAACGAACUCUACAUUCAUUUUCACACAUGUGGAUUGUAGAAAAUUUUUCAUCCUAUCUUGAAGAUCCAGAACCCAUUAUUUGUUUAUCAUCAUCACCAUUCAGUCCCGUAUCAGGUGUGAGUGCUGCAACACAAUGGCGUCUUGUAUGUUAUCCAAAAGGCAAUUAUGGUGCAUCAUCAAAUUAUAUGUCAAUAUUUCUUGAAUAUAUUAAAGGUGAACGUGAUAUAAAAGCUAAAGCUGAAUAUUCACUUGUAAAUCGUAAAUGUGAAUUAACAGAAAUGCGUAAAGAUGCACAAUUUUCUGUUUAUAAAUGUGGUAAUUCACGUGGUUUUAUUAAUUAUGUUAAAUAUGAUACAUUAACAUUACUCGAGAAUGAUACACUCGAUGAUGAUAAACUUAAAAUUUAUGUUCGUAUUACAAUUAUGGAUGAUGCUAUAACUGAAGAAACAAAAUAUCAAGAAUUUGAUGAUGCUGAAAGUAUUAAUUUUACAACGCGUGGUCUCGAAGGACUUGUACGUGAUUUUAGUCAAUUAUUAAUUCAUUCACCAUCAAAAAUGAGCGAUAUUAAAAUUAAAGUUAAUACAAUUCCAUCACAUAAUUCACAUCCAAUUGAAUCUAUUGAUGAUUCAAAUUCAUCUAUUGGUACUUUUAGUGCUCAUAAAUUAAUUCUUGCUGCUCGUUCACCUGUAUUUGCAGCUAUGUUUUCAAAUUGUACAUUAGAAAAUACAACAAAUACUAUUGAAAUAAAUGAUUUACGUCCUGAAACAAUUCAAUCAAUGCUUGAAUAUAUUUAUACUGGUAAAGUUAAUGAUAUUAAAAAAUCGACAGUUGAAUUAUAUCGUUGUGCCGAUAAAUAUCAAUUAGAAGACUUACGUUUACAAGCUGAAAUGGCUUUAAUGAGUUCGAUAUCAAUAGAUACAAGUGCAGAAAUAUUAUUACUUGCUGAUCAACAUCAUUCAAAAGAUCUUAAAUCUCGUGUUAUACAAUUUAUUGUCGGUGGAAAUCUUAAGGCUAUAACACAAACUGAAGGUUGGCAUAAAUAUGUUGCAUGCAUUCCAGAUUUAGUUACGGAAGUUAUACAAGCAACAACUCUUGAAUAA